UUGCUUAGCAUCUGGCAACAGCAUCACAACCCCCCAUCCAUCCCACCAAACCCAUUAGCCACCUCCCAAUCAGUGCUGUCAUCUCCAAGUCUCCAGAACUCCGGAGUGAAGUUCACACAAGGACUUGGGAGGAUCAUCAGCGAUGGAAUAUCUGCAGUACUCGAACGCAAAGGCGCUGAUAUCUAUAGCCGUGGUGGGGGUACUAGGAGUGUUGCUGAGGCUGUACAACGCGCUGGUGGUGAAGCCGGGAAAGUUGAGGUCCUUGCUGAGGAAACAAGGCAUCAAUGGACCACCCCCCGCCUUCUUGCUCGGCAACAUUAUGGAGAUCAAGAAGGCGAGAUCCUCCUCCUCCUCCUCCUCCGCUCCCCAGACUCCGCCUGGCCAGCCCCCUGCCCGCCAUGAUUGUGCUACUGUCCUCUUCCCCUUCUUCGACAAGUGGAGACAACAAUACGGAGAUACAUUUACCUUCUCCCUGGGGAACACACAGAUAGUUUAUGUGAACCAACCAGACGUGGUGAGGGAGAUUACCACCUGCACAUCCUUGGACUUGGGGAAGCCCUCAUACCAGUUCAAGGAGAGGGGUCCCUUGAUGGGACAAGGCAUCCUAACUUCCAACGGCCACCACUGGGCUCAUCAGCGCAAGAUCCUCGCUCCUGAGCUCUAUAUGGAGAAGGUUAAGGGGAUGAUAAACCUCAUAAACGAGUCCACAGAGACACUGUUGAAGUCCUGGAAGAGCAAAGUGGACGCAGCCGGUGGAGUAGUCGACAUUAACAUCGACCAGCACAUGAGAAGUUUCUCGGGAGAUGUCAUCUCCAGAGCCUGCUUUGGCAGCAAUUUUGCCAAAGGAGAGGAGAUCUUCCACAAGUUGAGGGCUCUCCAAGAGGCCAUGUCCAAGAAAGUUCUCUCCACUGGGAUUCCUGGCAUGAGAUACCUCCCCACCAAGAAUAACAGAGAAGCCUGGGCACUGGAGAAGGAGGUCCGCAGUUUGAUACUGCAGGUGGUGAAGGAGAGGAUGGACGCAGCAUAUGAGAAGGACCUUCUGCAGAUGGUUCUUGAGGGCGCCAAAAACAGCGACUUGAGCCAGGAGGCCAUGGACCGCUUCAUUGUCGACAACUGCAAAAACAUUUACUUAGCCGGUUACGAGACCACCGCCGUCUCUGCGACAUGGUGCCUCAUGCUGUUGGCUUCCAGUCAAGAGUGGCAAGAUCGAGUGCGCGCUGAGGUUCUUGAAGUUUGUGGGGGCCGUCUUCCUGAUGCCGAUAUGGUCCGUAAGAUGAAACAGCUGACGAUGGUGAUAAAUGAGUCGCUGCGGCUAUACUCCCCCGUGGCAGUGGUGUCGAGGGAGGCCUUAACGGAUAUGAAAUUCGGGGACCUGAAAGUGCCGAAGGGAGUGAAUGUGUGGACGAUGGUGUUGACACUGCACACAGACCCCGAGAUAUGGGGUCCAGACUCCUACUCCUUCAACCCGGGCAGAUUUGCCAACGGGAUCACGGGAGCCUGCAAGCUGCCGCACUUGUACAUGCCCUUCGGAGUGGGACCUCGCAUGUGCCUGGGGCAGAACCUGGCCUUGGUGGAGCUCAAGAUUCUCAUUGCCCAGCUUCUCUCCAACUUCUCCUUCACCCUCUCUCCCAACUACAUCCACUCCCCUGCUCUUAAUUUGGUUAUUGAACCUGGACACGGCGUCGAACUCUCAGUCACCAAGUUAUCUCGAGAUUGAUCCCUUCAAGAGACGGUUUUUUUUUCACCCCGUUUUUUCUUAAGCCCACUAUACGCUUUCUUGCUGUAUUCGAAAGGUACUUUUCCUUUCCUUUUCAUCACUUUUGUGUCAGUUUAUGGCAAAGUUCGAUCUUUCUCCA